AGUUGCUGAGCCUACUUGAUUGGUCCCCUGUUCUGUGCUCUCCGUCCUGAGGCUGAAUGCUGUUUAGGGUGCUCAGGCAAGCUCCGAAGUUGCGACAUGGAUGCAUUGACCUAUGAUGAUGUGUAUGUGAACUUCACUCGAGAAGAAUGGGCUUUGCUGAAUCCUUCACAGAAGAGUCUCUACAAAGAUGUGAUGUUGGAGAACUACACAAACCUCAUUGCUGUAGGCAACAAUUGGGAAGACAGUAAUAUUGAAGAACAUUGUGAAAGCUCCAGAAGACAUGGAAGGCAUGAAAGAAGUCUUACUGGAGAGAAACCCUCUGAAAAUACUCAGUGUGGUAAAGCCUUUGCAUGUCACAGUUAUCUUCAAAGGUAUGAAAGAAUUCAUACUGGAGAGAAACCCUAUGAAGGUAUUCAGUAUGGUGAAGCCUUUGUACAUCACAGUAGUCUCCAAAUGAAUAAAAAAAUCCCUACCGGAAAGAAACCCUACAAAUGCAAUCAAUGUGGUAAAGCCUUUACAGGACACAGUCAUCUCCAAAUGCAUAAAAUAAGACAUUCUGGAGAGACACCUUACAAAUGUGAUCAAUGUGGUAAAGCCUUUAAAUGUCAGAAUAACCUUAAAAGACAUGAAAGAAUUCAUACUGGAGAGAAACCUUACAAAUGUGAUCAAUGUGGUAAAGCCUUUAAAUGUCAGAAUAAUCUUAAAAGACAUGAAAGAAUUCAUACUGGAGAGAAACCUUACAAGUGUAAUGAAUGCGGUAAAGCCUUUGUACGCAAUGCUAGUCUCCAAGAACAUAAUGCCACACAUACUGGGGUAAAACCUUAUAAAUGUAAUCAAUGUGGCAAAGCCUUUGCCUCUCACAGUCAACUUCAAAAACAUGAAAGAAUUCAUACUGAAGAGAAACCUUACAAAUGUAAGCAAUGUGGUAAAGCCUUUGCCUUUCAUAGUUAUCUCCAAGUGCAUAAAAGAACACAUACUGGAGAGAAACCCUAUGAAUGUGAUCAAUGUGACAAAGCCUUUGCAAAUCAAAGAUCUUUCCAAGUACAUAAAAGAAUACAUACUGGAGAGAAACCUUACAAAUGUGAUCAAUGUGGUAAAGCCUUUGCAUAUCAUAAAUGUCUCCAACAACAUAAUAGAACACAUACUGGAGAGAAGCCCUAUGAAUGUAAUCAAUGUGGCAAAACCUUUGCACACCAUAGUAAUCUUCAAUUGCAUAAAAGAAGACAUACUGGAGAGAAACCCUAUGAAUGUAAGCAAUGUAGUAAAUCCUUUGCCUCUCAUGGUCAACUUCAAAAACAUGAAAGAAUUCAUACUGGAGAGAAACCUUACAAGUGUAAUGAAUGCGGUAAAGCCUUUGUACGCAAUGCUAGUCUCCAAGAACAUAAGGCAACACAUAGUGGGGUAAAACCUUACGAAUGUAAUCAAUGUGGCAAAGCCUUUGCCUCUCAUGGUCAACUUCAAAAACAUGAAAGAAUUCAUACUGGAGAGAAACCUUACAAGUGUAAUGAAUGUGGUAAAGCCUUUGCCUUUCAUAGUUAUCUCCAAGUACAUCAAAGAACACAUACUGGAGAGAAGCCAUAUGAAUGUGAUCAAUGUGGCAAAGCCUUUGCAUAUCAAAGUUCUUUCCAAGAACAUAAAAGAAUUCAUACUGGAGAGAAACCUUACAAAUGUGAUCAAUGUGGUAAAGCCUUUGCAUAUCAUAAAUGUCUCCAACUACAUAAUAGAACACAUACUGGAGAGAAGCCCUAUGAAUGUAAUCAGUGUGGCAAAACCUUUGCACACCAUAGUGAUCUUCAAUUGCAUAAAAGAAGACAUACUGGAGAGAAACCCUAUGAAUGUAAGCAAUGUAGUAAAUCCUUUGCCUCUCGUGCUAAACUUCGAAAACAUGACAGAAUUCAUACCGGAGAGAAACCUUACAAAUGUGAUCAAUGUGGUAAAGCCUUUGCAUAUCAUAGUUAUCUCCAAGUACAUAAAAGAAUACAUACUGGAGAGAAGCCCUAUGAAUGUAAUCAGUGUGGUAAAGCCUUUACAUAUCGUAGUUAUCUCCAAGUACAUAAAAGAACGCAUAUUGAGCUUGGCAGUGUUGGUGCAUGUCUUUAAUCCCAGCACUUGGGAGGCAGAAGCAGGCAGAUUUCUGAGUUCGAGGCCAGCCUGGUCUACAGAGUGAAUUCUAGGACAGCCAGGGUUAUACAGAGAAACACUGUCUCAAGAAACAAAAAAUCAAAAACCAAACCAAACCAAACCAACCAACCAAACAAACAAAAAAAAAAACCCACAUACUGGAGAGAAGCCCUAUGAAUGUAAUCAAUGUUGUUAACGCUUUGUACAACACAGUCAUCUCACGAUGCAUAAAUUAACAUACUGGAGAGAAAUCUUACAAAUAUAACCAGUGUGGUAAAGCCUUUGCAUAUUAAAGUUCUUUCCAAGUACAUAAAAGAAUACAUACUGAAGAGAAUCCCUUUGAAUAUAAGCAAUGUAGUAAAUUCUUUGCCUUUCAUGGUCAACUUCAAACACAUGAAAAAUUUCAUAAUGGAGAGAAACCUUACAAAUGGAAUGAAUGUGUUAAAGCCUUUAUAUACCAUUGUAAUCUUCGAAUGCAUAAAAGAAUAUAUACUGAAGAGAAACCUUAUGAAGAUAAGCGAUGUAGUAAAUUCUUUGUCCCUCAUAGUCAACUUCGAUAACAUGAAAGAAUUCAUGCUGGAGAGAAACCUUAUAAAUGUAGACAAUAUGGUAAAGCCUAUUUACAAUUGAGUCACCUCCGAUUACAUAAAAGAACAUAUAUUAAACAAUAACCCUAUGAAGAUAGCCAAUGUGGUAAAGCCUUUACAGUGAUCUUAAAAGGUGUGGUGAUUUAAAUAUACAUGGCCCAUGGCAAGUGGCAGUAUUACUUGAGUAAUACUGGAGUAGAUGUGGCAUUUGAGAAAGUCUGUCACUGUGGGGGUAGACUCGGAGAUCCUAUGCUUAAGCUCUACCCAGGGCAGAAGAGUCUUCUGGCUGCCUUCUGAUCAAGAUGUAGAAUUCUUGUUUCCUCCUGUACCAUGUCUGCUUGGACACUGCCAUUGUUUCUGCUUUGAUGAUAAUAGACUGAACCUCUGAAUCUGUAUACUACCCCCAAUUAAAUGUCCUUUUAAAGAGU